AUGGAUUGGGUCAUGACAGAGAAAGUCUGGCUUGAUGGAAAAAAUGUAGAACUUAGGACAAACUCUAACAAGCUGGACCCCAAGUGGCUGGGUCCAUUUGAAGUCACAGAGAAAAUAUCAAGUCACGCCUACUGCCUAAAACUCCCAGACACCCUAAAAAUCCAUGACAUGUUCUAUGUAGGAUUACUAUCCAAAGCACACAAAUCCCCCAGUCAACCAUUUCCAGAAAGACCCCCUCCUGAAACAAUAGAAGGGGAAGAGGAGUACAAGGUCAAACAAAUCAUUGACUCCAAGCAACAACGGGGAAAAUGGUUCUACCUAAUUAAAUGGAAGGGUUAUGGUCCGGAAGACAAUUCCUGGGAACCGGAAGAACUCCUAGAACACAGCCAAGAGGAGAUCCAAUGCUUCAACAAGUCACGACUGAAAAAGGCUUGUGACUCCGCCAAGAGCCUUUAA